AUGCGCUCUACGCGGUUCCUCUCGUUGUUUAUCUUGCUUGCCGCAGGCUUCGCAUCUGCGCAGGACUCAUCAAUCGAAGAACAACUUCCUGGCGCUCGCAUCACUAACGAGACUUCUUCUCUGGAUGUCUCUGCCGGUUCGGUUGGUGUGGCUGCGGCACCUGGCCGUGCUACAGUGGUCAACAAGUGCAAUGUACCCAUGUAUCUGUGGUCUGUGAGCGUCGACAAGACCUCGGCUGUACAUGAGCUCCGUGCUAAUGGAGGACAAUACACCGAACGCAUGUAUUCUCCUAGGGUGGGUGGUGUCAGCAUGAAAGUAACUAAGGAAAGGAACAACGGCAUCAUCCCAGCAUGCGCACCAAACAUUUGGGACUGCAAGCAGACGCAACUUGAAUAUACGCUAGCUCCUCAAGAGAGCAAGGUCUACUACGAUAUCUCGUGGGUAAACUGUGCCAAGGGCCAAGAUGCUAGCCGAUGCCCCGGCCAUUCAGGGGGUGUCCGGGCCGGGUGCGUUGGAAACCAGUGUCCUGUCCAGCAUUGUGCCCCUGGCGCGUUCUGCCCGCACGAGGUUUACUAUAGCUGCGGUGCUCCAUGCAACACUCCCGACCCUACCGUAGCCACUGCUGAGUCCCGCGACCUCGUUUUCACCUUGUGCAGCGGUUAA